AUGCCCUGCCCUAGGCCGCCCUGGCUCCGCCGCCCCAGGACCCCUCAGGGAUCAGGCCCCAGCUCCCCAGGCUCGCUCUCUGCGCCCCGCUCCCCUAGCAGAGGGGAGGACGACGACGACGACGAGGAAGAGGAGGGAGAUGGCAGCCCGGGCUCGGGCCCCAUCCUGCCCCCCGCCUCCCCGGUGGAAUGCCUCAUCUGCGUGUCGCCCUUCGACGGCGUGUUCAAGCUGCCCAAGCGCCUGGACUGCGGCCACGUCUUCUGCCUCGAGUGCCUUGCACGCCUGUCGCUGGCCACGGCGGGCGGCGGCGAUGCGGUGGCCUGCCCGGUGUGUCGCGCGCCCACGCGCCUGGCCCCGCGCCGCGGGCUGCCCGCGCUGCCCACGCAGCCCGGCUUGCUACCCCGGGACGCGCGCGCGCCGCUGCCGCGCCAGGGCUCCGUGCGCUUCGACCGCCGCCGCGGCUUGCUCUACCUGCGGCCGCCGCCGCCCCCGCCCGGGCCGCGCAAAGCCCGCGCCGCGCGACCCCCGUCGCCCCCGCCGCCGCUGCGCCUCGGCCGCCCGCUGUCGCGCCGCUUGUCGCUGACCAGCCCGGCCUGGGCCUUCAACGCGGCCGUGGCGCUGGCCGUGCUAGUGGCUGCGGGCCUGGUGGUCUCAGGCAUCUAUAUCUUUUUCCUCAUCCCGCACGCCACCUCCUCCGGCCCCGCGCGGCCCCAGCUCGUGGCACUCGCCCCAGCGCCCGGCUUCUCUUGGUUUCCACCGCGGCCCACGCCGGGGGCGCCCUGGACUCCCGCCUGGACGCAACACCCCACGAUCCCUGACCUGGACACCACAUCACCAGGGGAUGCAGAGGACGCACUGGAGCCCGAGGUGGGGCCUGAGGACCCAAGGGAGGCUGAGGGGAUGCUGGACGAGCCAUCGGACCAAAUGUGGGGGGCAGAGGCUCGCCCAGGCUGGGCCCCGCGGGCACGGAGCAGGAGGAGGGUGUGGGGGCCACAGUAA